AUGUCUAUUGUUCUUGCAACUACGUCCAAUGCAGCCAAGGAAAAGACACCCUUGCUAUCAAAGUUCGUGGCCCACCCUCCCUUCGAGCUUCCGAUCAUGACCGAUAUUCCUCUACCAUCUCGCUACAAGAAGGGGAAGCGCUCUUCUUGUGUUCCAUCAUCUCUACUUGCACCUUCCUCACAACCUAUGCUAGCACCCUCUGUUCCUCUGACCUCUCCUCGAGCGAAACGAGGUAGGGCGCUUGUUGUUGUGAAUAUGGUGCCUCUCCAGGAUGCAUCUCUUGUUUUAUUAGUUGGGCCUUCUCCCAUCCUUGAUACAAUUCUAGAGGCCUCUCCUAUGGAGCAUGAUGCUCCUGAAUCCUCUCUGACUCCGAUUGGUGGUCCUCACCUCCGUCAGAAUCAGCAGUCUAUUACCUCGAUUGCUCCCAUUUCUGCACCUAUUUCGAUCUCGCUCCUUGCUUCUUUAGGGGCUUUCGAUCAACCUCCCUCUAAACAGGCCUCGCCUUCUCCUAAUUUUGUCACUGCCCCUCUUCUAGAGGUCGACAGUUUUGUUCUUGUUUCAUCUUUUCCAAGUGAGUCACAUGCAUCCUCCAGGGAGGCCUGCAUGUUUGGCUUCUUGGAGGACAUACAAGCCUUGUCUACUAUCUUUAGACAAUUGUUGACCCUCACCUCCUUCGAGCCUAUAGACGAAGACGUCGUUGCUACUCUGUCUCUUUCCCUCGCUGCUGCUGAGGCACCCGGUGCGACACUUGCGUCCGUUACUGCCCUCUGUAAAUCGGGAAACACAAACAAGGCCUGGGAUCUCUUCCACUCAGCCCUAAUUAAACGCUGUCCUCUUGAUGUCGUAUCCUUCACCGCUCUUUUAGAUGGCCUUGUAAACUCUGGUGAUCUCUGUAGAAUCAAACCCCUUCUUGCUGAAAUGGGAGAGCUGGGAAUACAUCGAAAUGUUAUCACUUAUAGCCCCCUCAUAAAGGCUUUGUGUGAACGGAAUCAAAUUGAGGAAGCGUAUAAGCUCUUGCAGAGAAUGAGGCAUGAUCAUUGUUUUCCUGAUAUUGUUACAUUUAACACUCUGAUCGAUGGAACCUGCAAGAUUGGUAGAAUAAGUGAGACUCUUAUUUUAGUAGCUGAAAUGAUACAGGACGACCUUUCUCCUAAUACCGUUACAUACAAUACCCUAAUGUGUGGUCUCUGUAAGGUAGGUAGGGAAGACGAAGCUAUCAGAUUACUAGCAGCAAUGAGACAUGGGUACCGUUCUCCAAAUAUUGUUACAUAUAGCACUCUGAUAGAUGGUCUUUGCAAAGUAGAAAGAGUAGAUGAAGCUCUAGUAUUAGUAGCUCAAAUAUUACAAGACGGCCAUUUUCUUAACAUCUAUACUUAUACAAAUCUGAUAGAUGGCUUUUACAAGGCUGGAAAAACAGAGAAAGCCUACAAUCUAUUUGUGCGCAUGAUGGAGUUUGGUCCUCUGCCCGAUGUAGUGACAUUUAGUGCAGUUAUUGAUGGACUGUGCAAAGAUGGCAGGAUGGACAAGGCUUGUGAUUGUUUUCAUAUCAUGUCCAGAAAGGGUUUACAGCCAAAUGUAAUUACUUAUAAUUCUUUGAUAGAUGGCCUUUGCAAAUUACAUGAGGUGGAUAAGGCUCAAAAAUUGUUCAAAGAGAUGCUAAGGAGAGGUUGCUCCCCAAAUGUUGUUACCUACAGCAUUCUAAUUGAUGUUUUGUGAAAGAGUAACAGGGAAAAGGAAGCAUUUACACUUAUUUCUGAGAUGGAAAACAGGGGACAUCAUUCUGAUGUAACUACAUAGAAGACACUAAUAUCUGCAUUCUGUAGAAGAGGAGACAUGGACAUGGUAGGCAAGAUGUUAGAGGAGAUGGCAAUGAGGAAUUUGAAACCUAAUGAAGUGACAUACACCACAAUCAUUGAUGGUCUGUGCAAGGCAGGCGA